AUGACCCUGUCCUUGACACAAAGUGCCUCCAAUCCCAUCAGGAGUAUUAUAAGAAAAACAGACUCCGCGCUGCACGUGGCCCUUCCAACCCUGAGCUCUUUAUCCGGCUGCUCUGGUGUCAAGAUCGACGAGCCAGACGACUCACCAAUGGGAUACGGGCCUAGUAAACGCCUCACCUUCCUCAAUCCAAGCAUGGUAUUUCCUCCGUGCUUCACAAGCCCGCGACAACACACCGAUUUACUUUUGAUUCAGAAAACUAGCUUUGCAAUCGCAAUCCGAGCAUAUAAGUCCUCGAUAGGUCCCAGGGUGUGUCCCUGUGGGGUUGUACAGCCCCGAGUGCUUGUUCACUACAGAUACUGCUACAUUAUGGAUUCCUACGGAAAAAGUACUACUGUCUCACCGUCUGUUGUGUCGAUAAAUGCCUCCCCUCAACAUCAAACAAACACCAUCAAGCCAGGCCCGAAUGCCACCGAGCGAAAGCUACUGGCAAAGAUAGACAUCAGGCUGAUACCUAUCUUAACUAUCUUAUACAUCCUGGCCUUUUUGGACCGUGUAAAUAUCUCCAAUGCAGCAAUAUUCGGCCUGAAGGGGGAUCUCGACCUCGGAGGCGUCGAAUACAACACGGCACUGACGAUAUUCUUCGUUCCAUAUAUUCUCUUUGAGAUACCUUCCAAUAUCCUUAUGAAGCAGCUCCGACCACAUAUUUGGCUUUCGCUCUGCAUGUUUCUGUUUGGUCUCGUAACGUGCCUCCAAGGGUUCGUGCAAAAUUAUGGCGGAUUACUGGCCACGCGUUUCUUCCUAGGCCUUUUUGAGGCUGGAAUGUUUCCUGGCUGCUUUUACCUCAUCGCAAUGUGGUAUAAACGGGAAGAAGCCCAGAAAAGGUAUAGCUUUUUCUUCUCUGCUACUACGCUUGCUGGAGCCUUUGGUGGUCUGUUGGCAAGUGCCAUUGGAAAAAUGGACGGUAUGCAAGGGUUUAGAGGGUGGAGAUGGAUUUUCAUAUUAGAAGGGUUACUCACGUGUACACUUUCUUUCCUCUGCUACUUCCUCAUCACAGAUUUCCCGGAAGAAGCAUCAUUCUUAUCAGAAGAUGAGAGAGAAUUCGUCAAGGCAAGGCUUCUAGCAGACGUUGGUCACUCGGGAAGGGAAACGGACCUAAGGGUUAAAGAUAUUCCCGAUGUCUUUAAGGAUUACAAAAUAUUUGUGGGAGGAUUGAUGUAUAUAGGUCUCGUUGUGCCCGCAUAUGGAUAUGCAUACUUUGCUCCCACAAUCCUUAAAGACCUGGGAUAUUCUGCUAUCCAAACACAACUGCGCUCCGUGCCUCCUUGGGUUUGCGCCUUCGCCUUCGCCAUGACAAUUGCUGCAAUCUCCGAUCACUUGAAGCGCCGCUUCGCCUUCACCAUGCUUCCGAUACUUCUAGCCAUCAGUGGUUUUUCAGUCCUGCUUGCAGUUCAUGAUAACGUAAAAGUGCAAUAUACAGCUCUAUUUCUCGUUGCGAUGGGUUGCUACAGUGCGAUGCCAGUCAUAGUAUGCUGGUUCAACUUGAAUCUCGGAGGCCACCGAAGGAGAGCAGUAGGCACCGCCUGGCAGAUAGGCUUCGGAAACAUCGGAGGAAUCAUCGCUACGUACUCAUUUAUCUCCAAAGACGCUCCGAGAUACACCAAAGGAUACGCAAUAUGUCUUGGAUUCGCCUGUCUAUCAGCCAUAUCGUGCGUGGUUUACUACAUCGCCAUAACAAGAGAAAAUAUGAAGCGAGAGAUUGGUCAGAGCAAGCAUUGCAAUGCUACGGAGGAGGAGAAAAAAACCCUUGGAGACCUUCACCCUGAAUAUAGAUAUCUGGACUAAAGCGGGUUUUUUUUAAUUUUUUUAAUUUUUAUUUUAUGCAGGAUGCCACCCUUUCAUUUUAGGCAUGGAUAUCCACUUUCUACCUAUUUACGAGAAUGUACAGUACCAUAUCAUCGAAAGAUUUCUAA